AGUCAGUUCUUGGUGAACCGUUGUGCUGGUCGUGCCGUUGUCGCUGCCGUUGUUUAAAACUCUCUUUACUGCCAUAUAAAACUUGUUCCGUGUGUUUAUUCUUGUUGUUGGUGCGUUUUAAAGUACAGGUUUAGCCUUAGCCUCGACUUGAGGGUGUGCUUCAAAGAGUUAGUGUAUUAGUAAAUAAUUUGUACAUACUCGCAUAUAGUAGUGUAAACUUAGGAAACAGCCUAACAAAAAAAAAACAAGUGUGAAAAAUGCCAUCAGCGUUCCGCAGGUGCACGCUGCAGGCCGCGUUACUCGCCUGUCUAUGCAUGGCUAUGUCGCCUUGGCGCGUCAGCGCUAGCAUCCUUGAAAAACUUCGCGAUGAUUCAGAUCUGUCGCAGUUUUAUAGUUUACUAGAGCAAAAUAUUAUUGCAAAUUCCACUUUAACACUGCGGCCAUGUACAGUGUUUGUGCCUACAAAUGCUGCAUUCCAGCGUCAUCAUGGACCCACACAUGUGCUCUAUCACAUAACAACCACACCAAUGACGCAGGAUCAACUUAUAAAGGUCAUACCGUCGGAUAUGGGUGGUAAUCCAUCGUUGUAUAUAACGAAAAAUCGCAAUGGCGAUGUGUAUGUGAAUAACGCCAGAAUAAUACCGUCGCUGACGGUCGAAAUGACCAAUAGUCUGGGAAUGCGUCAGGUGAUGCAUAUAAUCGAUGAAGUUUUGGUGCCGCUUACUCCACUGCCAACUGCCAAAAUUGAGUUCACUAAUUUGGAUGCGUUUCAAUUUCUGCAACAGGCUGACCUCUUGGACAUCGGCGACAACCGUUUGAGAUCAUAUCGGUCCCAAGUGACUUUAAUGCGAAAAGAGAAUCUCUACCAAUCGCCCGGCGGACACACGUUUCUAAUACCCAUUGAUGAAGGCUUCAAGCAAACCACACGCAGCAGCCUAGUGGACAACAAAGUGAUCGACGGACACGUCAUACCAAAUAAUGUAAUUUUCACAGCGGCCGCGCAAAUCGAAGUGCCACAAACCACAGCCGCAUUUGAGGACAAUCUCAAAGUAACAGUUAGCUUCUUCAAGCAGAAGGACGGCAAAAUGUACGUCAAAUCAAAUACUAUUUUAGGUGAUUCGAAGCAUUCCACUGGCGUUGUGCUAGCGGAAAUUGUUAAGGGCAAUAUUCCGGUGCGAAAUGGUGUAGCGCAUCUGAUUCAUCGGCCACUAAUGAUAAUCGAUUCGACAGUGACGCAAUUCCUACAGUCCUUUAAGUUGAUGAACGACAAUGAAAACGGUGCUCUACGCAAAUUUUAUGACGUAAUUAUGGAUAAUGGCGGUGAGGUGCUAACCGAUAUUAGCAACUUGGGUGAAAUUACUAUUCUGGCUCCGAGCAAUGAUGCUUGGGAGGCAAAGGAAGUACAAAAUGUUAUAAGAAAUCGUGAGAAACUCCGUGCUAUCCUGAAUAUGCAUAUUAUCAAGGACAAAUUGAAUGUGGAGCGCAUUCGUCAGAAAAAUGCGAAUAUUAUUGCUCAAGUGCCCACCGUUAACAAUCGCUCAUUUUUGUAUUUUAAUAUCAACGAUGAAAAUGGCGAAGAAGUAAUCACCGUUGAAGGUGGUGGCGUAAACGCUACAAUUCUACAAGCGGAUGUGGCCCAAACUAACGGUUACGUACAUAUUAUUGAUAAGGUUUUGGGCGUCCCAUACACCACGGUGCUGGGCAAACUCGAAACAGAUCCUAUGAUGAGCGAUACCUUCAAGCUCGGUCAAUUCUCUUCAUUCAACAAUCAGCUGAACAAUACUCAACGUCGUUUCACAUAUUUCGUGCCGCGUGACAAGGGUUGGCAAAAAACUAAACUGGACUAUCCCUCGACACACAAAAAACUCUUCAUGGAAGACUUUUCCUAUCACUCCAAGUCAAUUCUGGAACGUCACUUGGUGAUUGCCGAUAAUGUGUACACAAUGAAGGACUUGGUAGCCAUGACAGCUGAGUCGGGCGACUCAAUUUUACUGCCCACCUACAGAGAUUCGUUAAGGGUGAAAGUAGAGGAAGAAUCUGGACGUUAUGUGAUCACUUGGAACUUCAAGAAGAUCAAUGUCUACCGGCCGGAUGUUGAGUGUACCAACGGCAUAAUACACGUCAUCGACUAUCCCAUGCUGGAGGAGCGGGAUGUCGUCGUCAACGGAGGUAGCUAUCCGUUAGACACUAACUUGUGCAUUCUCUUCACAAAUACCCUCAUGAUAGCAAUAGCGCAAUUUAUUUUCUUAAAUAAUUAAUUAUGUGUAUAAACUAAAUUACAAAAGCAAAAAAAAAACACAAAAGCAGAAAAAACAACUCAUUUCAAAUGAAAACAAAAAACGAAUGCAAAACAUUCAGCAAGUGAACAUACAUUCACAUCCAAAUCAAAAAUUCAUAGCCAGCAAAAUGACCAUCACACAUCCGAUCACCAUAUUUGCCUGCCACAUAUGUACAUAUGUACAUACAUACAUAAAUGCAUAUGUAAUGUAACAUAGAGAUCACCAAUCGCCCGACACAUCAUUAAGCAUACGCAUUGAUAAUAAGCAGAAAAAUAAAUAAAAAUAAAAAUAAAAAUAAAAAUAAUAACAAAACUAUCAAAUUUCGCAACUGCCGAUCGGCCAUUCAUUCGACAAUGCGCGCACCGCACCGUUCAACAACUUUGAAUGCAAACCCCCAUUCACCCACGGAUGAUCUUGUAAUUGAGAAGAGAACCAAAUUUGAAUCCAAAAAAUAAAAAUAAAAAAUCAUUACACAGCGAAACGAAAUUCACAUGUAUGUAAAUAACUUGUGACCAAAGAAGAAUUGCAUUAAUCGUUGUGUUUGCGCAUUGGCGCCUAGUUAAUGCGAACGUCAUUUACAACAAAUCAUGCAUAUGCAUACCAUAUACUACAUAAUUAACGAUACGCAUUAAGUUUGUUUGUAUGUAUAAAAAUUGGUAUUAUCCUUAUGCUAUACUUUGCUCUUAUUCCUUUUUUAUUUUUUAUUUUUUUUCUAUUUUAAGUUUACACCUUAGUAGUUUGUAUGUAUUUAAUUGCCCUUAUUAUCCAUCUGUCUACGUUUACUUUUACAGCACAGAACGCCUAUAAGUAUGCAAUGCCUUCUGUGCUAAGCGUUAUCACUGUAAAAUAGCAAUGAAUGAUAAUUAUUGACUUGUAUGUGCUAGCUAAAGUUAAAAUGUGUACGAAUUUGUAUUUUGUAAUUUUGUAUAUUUGCUACUUUUGUUACUCAGUUUAAGCAUACAAGUGUUUAUUUUUUCAUGGUACU